AUGGACUUUCCUCAACUAAAAGCAUGGCUGCGAUUACCUGGUGAAAGACAAAAUGUCUCUAUAUACGACAUAAAAUUCUAUCCAUACUCAGAGCCGGGUGAGGAUCCCAUCUUUGCCGCCGUGGCAGAAAGAGAGAUCUACAUAUGCAAGCCUGUCCGCAAGUCAGCCACCUCCAAGACUAACAAUCUGGAAGUCUUGACUGUGCUCGAGGACCCUGAUGAAGACUCUUCUCUCAACAGUGUUGCAUGGUCAGUGGACAUUGAUACAGACGAGCCCCUCGUUUGUGUCGCUGGAUCUGGAUCAAAGAAUAUCAAAAUCUUCAAUGUGGUUACAGGAGAGCUGGUUCGGAUUCUUUAUGGACACGGUGGCGCCAUCAACGAUUUGGUCACAUCACCUGUCUCGCCACAGAUUCUGGCGUCGUGCUCCGGCGACUACACAAUUCGAAUAUGGAACUUGGAUGCCCGCUAUCGCAGGCAGCCAUGCGCAGCGAUACUCUCGGGAGAAGGUCAUAGGCAGACGAUUCUUUCAAUUGCUUUCCAUGACAACGGUAGGUGGUUGUUAAGUGGUGGGCAGGAUACGAUGAUCUGCUUGUGGAGCCUCCCACCCGUGCCAGACGAGAACGCAGGCACAGACAAACCGACGGUAGUAGUCUAUCCACAUUUUGCCAGCAUUGGCAUGCACUCAGACUACGUAGACUGUGUUAGAUUCUGGGGCGACCUCGUCCUAUCUAAAGCAUCUACAGGAAACAACAUCAAAGUUACCAGAGGAGAGAUAAUGCUCUGGAAAAUCGAUGGCUUUUUCUCAGGUAACGACAACCCACCAGAACCACCCAUGCCAGGAUAUGGUCGACCGACACGUUCUGCCUUUGGCGAGGGUUUCCAACGAUUAUCCACUUUCGACGUGACCAACGUGGAACCAUUCUAUAUGCGAUUCGGCCUCUUGAAGGAACAUAACUACCGGCCUAUACUCGUCAUGGGCAACAUCAAGGCUCGCUUCUUUUUCUGGGAUCUGCAGAGGUUUGAGGAGCGCCGCUCUACUGGCAAAAUCCGGACUUCUAUUGCUCAGGACAAUGAGCGGAUCAGAGACAUAAUCGAUCAAAACCGCAGGAGGAAACAUGGUGUUGAUCAAGUCUUCAGCAAGAAAACUGCUGCCGGUCAAGUCCUGACUAUUAACACACGCGCCAGUAGUACUACUGGUAGCGACACCAGCGAUAAAGAUCAAUCACCUGUCGUCAAGAGCGACACCGGCGAUAAAGAUCCACCCCUUCUUGUUAAGAACAAUAAGCGAAAAAGAGAUCUCAAAGAACGGGUUUUGCUCAACAACGCAGAAAGAGCAAGUAGUGCUAACAGCGACUUGACUCUGACUCGCGCAAGCAGCCGCAUAAGCAAAGCUCCUACACCAGUCCCUACACCAGCCCCUACCUCCGCUCCUAUAUCAGCACCUACACCAACCCUUGUCAAAAAGCAAUCCAUGACCCCAGACUCGCUAAACAAAUCUUCCCGACAUACCUCUGAGACAGCAGAUCCUAAACCAGAACUACCUCCCCGAAGCAUGAGAAACUACAUCAGACACGCCGCUCAUAAGACGACGGUAGUCAACUGUCCCAUUGAUUUCGCAUGCAGAGCGAUUGAUUGGAGUCUCGAUGGCAAAUGGUGUGUUGGUGUUGGCGAUCAUGGCAUGAUUGCGGUAUUUGGACGUUGGCUGGAUAAAUGA